UAUCUCUGCGAAAAUGGGAAAGUAUGCAAAUAUCGUUUCUGCGCAGGUCGAAAUUUCGACAAUAUAUAUACUCCUCCUCGACGGGAAGAAAUUAUUAUUCCGAAAAAAACCGUCAAACAUAGUUAUCACUAUUGAAUAAAAUAAUUAUUUUUUAAUUGUUCGAACAAAGCGAUCAGACGGCUGUAUCAGAAGUAUCGGCUAAUUUAUUUAUUUAGAUAUUAUUACAAAAUUAAAAUAAUUUUAUUAUUUUAAAUUCAAUCUCGAGUCAACUCAAUAAUCUACUUGUUUUAGAAAUUAAAUAAAAAUAAUCACAAUGAUGUUGAUGAAGAAUAUUAUUCUGAGUGCAUUGUUCGCUAGUGUUUCGUGCGUUGAAUUUAAAAACUCCAAUUUAUCACCAACGAAUCCUCCAAUCACACACACAAAUAUGGCUCAACUUUUUGAACUUUGUUUUGCAAAUACAUCAAAUCCGAUAGUCAUAACUGAGAAUUUAGUAGAGACAUUUCACAAAAAUUUGUCCGUUACAAUAAAGGCGCCUGUCGUUAUCAUCAACGAAAAUUUCAUCGCCAAAGAUAUUCAGCUGUACUAUCCAACUUACCCGAUGUAUAUUUUAUCGGUGUCGAGUUAUGCAGAAUUGGUCAAAGUCUUAUUGAGAGCGAUUCGUUUACCGUUACGGAGCGAAAAAUCUAUAUUUUUUGUGAUCUACGAAACCGAAAACUCUUGCGAGCGUUCAUGGGAAAUUCUCGCCACACUGUGGCGGGCUCUACUGUUAUCAUGUAUCGUAGUGUGCUCCAGAACCGGUAAUGAAACCAGUCUGUAUACUUAUAAUCCAAUCACAAGACGAGCACCCGAUCCUUGGGUCGAUAUUAGCAUGCAUUUUUCUGACAAUCGUAAUCGACCAGUGUUUCUUUACAAUCAAACUUUCACAAACGAUUAUAAAAUAUGUGAGACUCUGUUUUUCGACAAAACUAAAAUUCUUGAUGGCUAUCCCGUUAAAGUUGCCAAAAUAGGAAAUAAUUAUGCUGAUAUGAAUUUGACAUUCGAUUCUUUAAACAUAAAACAAGAGAGUACAGAAUUUGGAAUUAAGGAUGUGCAUUCAUUACUUGCAUUACUGAACAAUGGAACUUAUGAUGUCCUUGCAUUCUACACUGUGGGUCUAUUCCAUAAUUUUUUACACACAGUGCCAUUGAUGUACGAAGGAUCUUUUAUCGUAGUGACACAAAACGUAAAUUUUCGAUCAGCAUCCUAUGAAAUUGCAAAUGUAUUAGAUAUUAAUGGAGCCAUAGCGAUAAUUUUUAUUCUUCUUCUAAUAACCCUCUUGAUUGUACUGCACAAUAAGUAUCAAGUCGGAUUGGCUGUUCUGGAUGUCCUGAAGCUGCUGAUGAGUAUGGGGAUCAAUGCACCUCUCGACCGUCUCGCCAUGAAAAUCACCUUCUUCACGGGUUUUUUUUUUGUUUUUUUAUUUAGUCCAAUGCUUGUGGGACAAAUAUUUGCCGUAUUGUCUCGUCCACCGACUUAUAACAUGGAGUCGCUUAAAGACUUGUACGAUCAUAAGUAUCACGUAUAUUAUUGGGAGGGAAUUCAUAAUGAAAUUGUAGAAAAGCAAUUAUGGAAAACUGAUGAGGAUAUGAAAUACUUACAUCUCGAAUAUGUCAGCCCAGGCGAUUGUUUAAAACUACUUAUUGAAAACAACACGGUCGCAUGUAUAUUUCGAAGAUGGGAACUAAUUGACUACGCUGUUAAGCACAAUUUGCAUAUAUCCAAACGUUUCACGCUGAAAGUGCGAGGUUUUUAUAGUACGUAUGGAUUUUGGUCAUUGGCGGAUCGAUUUUACCGCAAAUUAUUAGACCUACAAGAAUUGGGAUACCUAGGUAAAAUUGACAACUUUUACGUGAACGGACCGCUGAAGAAAAAGAAAGCUAAGGAGAGAAUAAAAAAAAUCGUUGAUUAUCACACUAUUGACGCCGUAGAUUUAACAAAUUUAUAUGUAUUUAUGGCAUUUUUCCAGUUCUUGGCCAUUAUUGUAUUUGGUAUUGAGUAUAUUGUCGGACGUCAUCGCCGUCCAAGACAAUAAAAAAUAAACAUCCGUUAACUCAAAAAAUAGUGUUUCUUAAUAAGUGUAGUCGUGUGUGCCUCGGCUUCAUAAAUACGAUCACUUGGAUUAUAUUUCGUUUUCAGAAUUCAAUAUCAAUUUUGUUGAAUUAAAUAUUUUAUCAAUUAUUAGCUUACACAAUUUGUGAGUGUGAAAUCAAACUUUUGAUUGUCGGCUGUUAAUUUCCAUACUAAGAAUUAUCAAAGUAAUUGCUUACAUACUUUUUCAGUAUUUAAAUAUUAUUUUAGAGACUGCAGUAAUUGAGUUAAUAAAAAAAUAUAUAUUUUUCUCAACUUCCAAGUCGUGUUGUGAUAAUUUUUGAAUUUAUCUCUAAAUAAUGUAAAUUUUAUUUUGUAUAAAAAAUAAAUAUUUCAUUGCGGCACCACAGAAUUAAUUAAUCUCAAACUUGAC